UUAUUUAGAAGAAGAGUGGGUCUGUGUAGAUGCUAACCUUUAAAUUUGCAAAAUUUGGAAAUUAAAAUGAAUACCAUUAAUUUAUUAGGGAAACACUUACUACAAAGUAUUUGUCGCACAAGAAUAAGGCAGAUUUCUAUAUCACCCGCGUUGAGACUGAAAGAAAUCCAGGAGAAUCAGGAUGGACAGUUAUUGACCAUAGAAGGCAAAUAUGUGCCAUCGCCCAGAGAACCUUACCUUUUAAAAUCAAAACACGACAAUGCAUGUCCAAUUUGUGCUUCAGGUUUGAACAUCAAGCACACGGACGUGCUCAUCCUAAGUCAGUUUGUCAGGUCUGAUGGGUGCAUGCUGCCAAAGAGAAUAACAGGUCUAUGCAAUAAGCAACAAAGAAGAGUUCAGUCUUUAGUGGCUAUGGCACAGAAAGCGGGAUUAAUGCCAAAUUUAGCACCCUCCUUUAGUAAGAAAGAUCCAAAAAAGAGAUUUGGAUGGAAAAAGUUCAAUAAGUACUUUGAUGAAACUACAAUCAAGACCUAAUUUUUUAAUAAAAUAACACUGUUAUUGCAAA